CAGAUCGGUCUCAGUACUGUUUCUCCUUGCACUCAACCUUGUCCUGGGUUUCCUGGAGGAGCAGGAUAUAUAAGGUGGGGGCGGCAAGGAGAGGAUAACACAACAAGAUGUGUACUUGUGUAGGUCUUCUCGUUCUGGGGGCGGUCGCAGCGGUAUUAGCCACCCCUCUGCCACAGAGGGAGGAACGGUCAGCAUCGCUAGGUGAGCUAGGGGGCCUAAACGUAGCUCAGCGCAAGGGGAAGAACCAGAGGUACGGAGGAGGGUAUGGAGGGUACGAUGGGUACCGACCCAACAGGGGUGGCAGCGGAGCAGGCAGCUCAGCAUCAUCCUCCGCCAACACCAACGCCAACACGGGUAGCCACGGGGGCGGAGGCCUCAGCCAGGCCCAGGCGCAGGCGCAGGCCCAGUCGCAGUCGCAAAGUCACUCUUCAAACCUCGGCUUGGGGCCCUUCUCCGCCAGUAUCAGCAACAGCCAAAGUCAGGCCCAAUCCAACAGCGGGGCCUUCGCCAAACCCGGCAAUGGAGCGUUCUACGACUACUAAACAUGAUUUCAUCUCUCCAGCACCUUAUUUAUCAACUCAUUCAUAAGUUAUUGUUGUGUUCGCAUGAGUACAAAUAUCUAUGUAUAAAUAAGUAAUUUAUUAUUUAAUAAUUAUUUAUUAUAUAAUUUAUUAACUAAUAAUAUAAAUACUACUUAAUAAUAAAGUGAUAAGGCUAAUACAAUUUAGCCUGUAAAAUAAAUGCCACUAUGAAAUAAU